UGACAAAACAGACAGAAGGCCGGCGCACAGAGAGAAGAGACGGUGGUAUUUUUUACCCUGAAACAUGAAACAGGUGCAGGUCUACUAAGAAACCAACCCCCACCUUUCGGUUUCCUCUAUUAUCGCUGGUUUCACACCCCCUCUCCUGAACAUUACGUCACCUUCGACAGGAAAUGAGAUGCCACGGCUCGAGGUGUUAAGAGACUCCUCCAGGCCCUCUGCUUCUUCUUCUUCUUCUCCAUCUUCUUCAUCUUCUUCUGAGCUUUUCAUUUCACCACCAUUUAAUAUUCAUACGGAUGAUGUAAUUUGUCUCUGUUCGCGGUCCAGAGGAGCAGAGAUGAUUUUGGGCACAGACACAAACGAAAACAUGAACAGCCAUCUGCUUUAUUUUUCCCAUGCAAUGUUAUGCAAUACAAGGCUCUGGACGGGCAACCCGGCCAGUCAUGUGUGGGCGUGUGCUGCCGCUCUGUGGUCGGUUCAGGCGUUGCAGUUCAGUUUCGUGUUGUGCGCACUAGAUGUCAGCAUGCAGCAUGUGUUCACGAAGCUAUGUGGACUAACAGAUCAUGUUUUUAGCAGCAAGGAUCCAGAUUUUCACUUCAAAAUGUUUCUUCAGAUGCAUAUUCUGCUCUCAAACACUGUGGGUUACUGCAAAUGUUUUCUUCUUUGUUGUGUUGGACCUUCUUGUGAGUCUGACGUGAGACUGACGUGAAGUUUCAAUCGAACUGACUUGUGCAAGCUGUUCUUUUCUAUAUCUGUGUUGCUGUUACAGAUACGCAAACCUGAAGAUGGAGGCUGAGCCGGAGAGGAACGCCCGGCUCUGCAUCAUCGGAGAACACAGACAAGAAGGUAAAAUGAAGGCGCUCACACUGCUGCUCGUGUUCCUCACAGUUUCUGGAUAUUCAUACGUUUUGCAGCCCGGAGUGACAGUUGGACAGAUAGCCGGUCUGGACACAGAACACCAGUCUGAGAUGAGAGGUGAGCGUCUGGGAGAUGUUUCUGUGCCAGUGCAGGAGACGGGAAAAGCUUCUGAAUCCGCCGAGGAGCAAAAGAGUGAAGGAUUGACUCCGGAGACAAACCACGAGAAAGAGAAGACGGAGGGGAAAUCCCGAGCAGAUGUUGCAGGGAAUAUAGAGGAGAUUUUACAGAUCACUAAAGAACGUGAGGAGGGGAUGACACCUGAGACUUUCUUUCAAAGUUUAGGAGAGGAAACAAAAAGAGAGGAAUUAACUGUGGCUGACAGGGAAAAGGAUUCAGAUCCAGACAAAGGAGAUGAAGCAGAGAGGAGAGACAAUCUGGAAACAGAUGACGAGACCGGGAAAAGUGAUCAGAUGGAUAAACUGAGGCAGGAAAUGGAUGAAGAGGAAAGAGAGAGGAGGCUGGUUGCAGGGAUUAGUCCCCACGAGGGCAGACAAAAGACGUCAAAUCAAGAAAAUGUGGAAGGGAAAAGGGAAGAAAGAGAAGACGAGGGGGAGAACUCAGAAAACCAUAAUGGAUCAGUAGAAAGAGAAAAGGAAGAUCACACGGUCUUUAACAACCUCACACCGCCUUUAAGCACGUCCUCUACUGAAGAACUCGAGAUCCCUCCAAUUCGAAUUAUCACUCAGUCUCUAAAUCCUCCCAGUUCUCCUCCUCCUCUUCAUCAUCAUCACGUCCCUCCAUCAGUUCCUCCUCCCGCUGAAGUUAGUCGUCAGCUCCUCCCUCCGUCUGCCACUCGACCCGCUCCCACAACAAUCUCAGUCUCAACAGCGCCUCCUGGAGACGUGAGGUCUGUCUUCCUGCUCGAGGAUCUGCUCGCCGAGGUGUUUUACGGUCCUGGACAUCAUCUCAAGCAGAACGAACAGGAAGCAAAGGCAAAUUCAGAGGAUGUGAUGGUCAAAAAUAUAUUGUUUAAACCUGCGCAGAGAGAGCUGCCGACCACAAGGGAAAUAAGCGUAACGCAGGCAACGCCAAAACCCACAACAGUCAAGUUAAGAGCCAAUGAUUUAAAAACUAAAGCGCCAAACUCCACACCGAAGUCAAACGAAAAUAAUCUGACUGCUAAACUGGACGAGCGUGCACAUAAACCAAACAUCACACAGCCCGCAAGCACAGGAAACGACACCAAACCUUCGACCAAAACGCGACUGACGACCGCCAAAACGCCGUCGGUGAGGCCAACGAAAAUCAACAGAGGCAGUAAAAAUAAAUUAAAUAAGACGGUCAAGAAGUCCAAAGACAAGAAAAGGAAAAAGGACAACAAAACACAAAAUAAGGCCGGGAAGAAGAAGGCGGUCACCACGCCGGCCUACUUCCCUUACUUUAAGGACAACUACUGUCCUCCUGACUGCGCCUGCUAUGGAAGAGUGGUCCAGUGCUCAGACAAAGGAGUGGACAAGGUUCCUUACGGUAUUCCCUACAACGCCCGCUACAUCCUCCUCAUGAACAACCUCAUCGACAGCAUCCAGCUGGACCUGCUCAGCGAAUACGUCUCCAUGGAGUUCCUCGUGUUGAGCAACAACCGGCUCACAGAUGGCUCCAUCGAGGGGGCCUUGGAGGGGAUCCCCGCUCUGAAGCGCCUCUACCUGGAUAGGAACCUCCUGGAAAGCGUGCCGACCGACCUUCCGCUGUCUCUCGAGGAGCUUCGUUUGGACAAUAACCGGCUGGGUGUGAUGUCUGAGGCGGCCUGGGCCCGGUGCCCCGGCCUCUUGGUUCUGAGCCUCAGCAACAACAGCCUGGGGAACGGAUCUGACGCUCUUGCGAAUGCGGUGCUCUCCCCUUUAUCCAGCCUGCGCACUUUAAACCUCGAUCACAACCAGCUAACAUCGGUUCCUCUGGGCUUACCUCUGUCCAUCAAGGAGCUCUACCUCAAAGGGAACCUGAUCGAGCAGUUCCGCGAAGGAGCCUUCGAUGGGAUAUCGGAGCUUGUGGUGUUGGACCUGAGUUCAAACCGACUGACAAACAAGGGUCUUCUCCGGGAGUCUCUUCUGAAUGCGACUCACUUGGAAAGCCUCAACUUAGAAGGGAACAGACUAAAACAAGUCCCCCGACACCUUCCUCGCUCACUUAAAACCCUAAAUCUGGAAGGCAACCUCAUUUCCUCCAUAAAGAAAUCCGCUCUCAACGCCUUGAAAAACCUCGAACUCCUCGGCUUAGCACGGAAUAAAAUCUUCAAAGUGGCACCGGGGGCAUUCAAGGCCUUGCCCGUCCUGCACCAGUUAGACCUGUGCCACAACACCUUGCGCCAGGUGCCCAGGCAGCUGCCGCAAGCUCUGCACUCGGUCGCGCUCACCAACAACAGGAUUCAAUCGGUGCCCCGUGACGCUUUCUGCUGGGGGGAUAAAAGUCUCAGCAGGCUUGUUCGAGUGCAGCUGGAACACAAUUCAAUCGACAUGGGGAAGUUGGAUGCGCAGGCUUUCAGAUGCUUGCGUGGUUUCCAGGUUGUGCACUUCUACUGAACCUCCCGAGGAAAAACAAGGGCUAACAUGUGUACUCUCACUUUGAAAGCCUCAUUUAAGACUUGUGGUGGCUGCUGUUGCUAUGCCAGACACCAAUGGUAAAACUGACCAACAGAGUCAAAAGAAAUAUUUAUUGUGUGUGAAAUUCAAUUUAUUUUUUUGUAACCGCUCCAAGCACCACACUUUGGUUACUUUUUUUAUGACAUUAAUUCUCAAACACGCCUCAAGGGUUGGAAAUGAAACGAUGUCGGUAUGUGUGUCAUCAGCAAACAAAAGUUUGUUAAGGGAGUUUUUUUUUUUUACCCCAAAACUGUUUUCCAUUUGGUUUCAUUUCAUUCCAGUGACAUAAAAUAACUUUGUAUAAAACUUGCAUGAGAUAAACACAUUUUUUUUUUUCAUUUGACAGGAAAUCAAAUUAAGAGAGCUUUAUAAUAAGCAGAUUGGGGGAGCGGUGGAAAAGUGCUUUGUAGGGUGUCCCUCUAGUGGACAACAUGUGCCCUCUCUUUAUUAUAAAUAUAUAUCAUGACUUUUUACACACUGGGUACCUGUGGUGCCCCCUAUAUUUCAUUCAUCUCUGCCCCUCAAACAUCCUGAGUCCGCCACUGAUAAGGUAACCUUUAGAUGGGUAUAUAGAUUCUCUCUGCAGCUCCACUAACAGGAAGAGUGACAGGAAGUGUCUGUGCUCAGAAAUUAAUAUACAGUACAAGUUUAUGUGAUGGAUUUUCUCCAUAAUCUUAACAUGGGAUUUGAUGUUUAGUUAACAGUGUUUAUUAUUGUAAACUUGAUGUGGGUUGAAUAAAGUUCUCUACAAAGCAUUCGUGCACAAACUGGUGUGUGGACUUUGUCGGGCGGUUGCAGAAAGUACUUUCAGAAUAAACCAAAGGAAAAAAAA